GCCUGCUCCCAGCCCUGCCUGCCCCCUGGUUUCCUGAUGCUGACAGCCUCAGCACUGCGGGGGCAGUUGCUCUGCACCCGGGGCAGGGAGAUGAGCACGGCCCCGGUGGCACUGCUGGCAGUACCGCCUUGCUGAGGACAGGUCCCUCGUAGGGAGCCUGGAAAACCCUUCAGUAGUGCUGUUAACACUGAUGAGAGAUCUUUUAUGCCAAGGUCGCCGGUCCCUGAGCAGCCCGCACCAUGCGUGAGUACAAGCUAGUGGUCCUUGGCUCCGGAGGUGUGGGCAAGUCCGCCUUGACUGUACAGUUUGUUCAGGGAAUUUUUGUUGAAAAAUAUGACCCAACAAUAGAAGAUUCAUACAGAAAGCAAGUGGAAGUAGACUGUCAACAGUGUAUGCUUGAAAUCCUGGAUACAGCAGGGACAGAGCAAUUCACAGCCAUGAGGGAUCUCUACAUGAAGAACGGCCAAGGGUUUGCACUAGUAUAUUCAAUAACAGCACAGUCCACGUUUAACGACCUACAGGACCUGCGGGAACAGAUCUUACGGGUGAAGGACACUGAAGAUGUUCCAAUGAUUCUGGUUGGCAAUAAAUGUGACCUGGAGGAAGAACGCGUAGUCGGCAAAGAACAGGGUCAGAACUUAGCAAGACAGUGGUGUAACUGUGCCUUUCUAGAAUCGUCCGCAAAGUCUAAAAUCAAUGUUAAUGAGAUCUUUUAUGACCUGGUCAGACAGAUAAAUAGAAAAACACCAGUGGAAAAGAAGAAGCCUAAAAAGAAAUCAUGCCUGCUGCUUUAGAGGCCCGUGGCGCAGCAGCUCUGAGCCAGAUUGCAGGAAUGAAGAACUGUUGCCUAAAUGGAAAGUGCCAGCGUUCCCAACGUCACGACCUUACGGAAAUUAGCGACAUAUCCGAAGAAGCUUCUCCUAUUUUUAUAUACGACGAGAAGAAUUUAGAUCUCAAAGUGGUUUGCACACAGUCCCUGGAAAAAAAGAAAUUGCUCUGUGUAUAUCUCUCAGAAAUUUAAGACGAUAGCAUUUCUCCUUUGCAAUAGCAGUUAACAGAUGUGACAAAUAAACGUAAUUGACUCUAGUGUAUGAUUAUACAAAGGAGCAUGGACGCAUUUCAAAUGUUAGACAUUGCUACUAUAAUUAAAAUUUCAUAUUGACCCUUAUAUUGUAAUUUCUCCCCAUCGAGCACUAAAAACGUUCCACCGUUCUAUUUUAUAUCUGUAACUAUAGAUAUAUAUUAUCUGAGACUUCCCUUUGAACUCACCGCGACAAAUAACUUUUUGAGUCAUUGACUUCAUUUUAUAUUUAAAAGUUACAGAAUAUCAUUAUUUUCAUUCUGCCAUUAUAUUCUAAUUAAAGAUGUUUGUGCAUAAUGCUUUGGAAAAAUGGGUCUUUUAUAGGAAAAAAAAAAAAAAAAAACCUGGGAUAACUGAUUUCUAUGGCUUUAAAAGCAAAUAUAUAUAAUAUACUAAACCAA